ACGUCCGGCGUGCUGACGUCAACCCGGAAGUGCCGGCGGCCGCUUUUGUUUUUUUAUUGUUGUUGUUUUUGUCAGUGAGUCGGGCACCUGAGAGGCUUCGACAAUGUGUCGGCGCGCUCGAAAUGGGUCAAGACCGCCCGGUGAUGGAAGAUGACGGCAGUGCCAUAUCUCGUACUUGUAAAAUGCCCUCUUUCAUCGGUCCUCUGGAAGCGGAAGAGAAGGUGAAAUCGCCGCUGGGAAUUAGCAAAGUGGAGGCGUCGCUGCGAAAUUUGGACCGACGUGUGAGCAGAAGGAAGUUGUCGCAAGACGAAGGCGAAAAAGGAGCAAUAGUAGAAGAAGAAGAGCAACAAGGAGGAGUCAUCGAGGAAGAACAAGAUGCGGAGGACAACGACAAUAACAACUGCAACGGUGGCGGGCGGGAGAGGAGGGGGGCGGACAUUAUGGAGUUCCUGAGGGCGAGUUUGCUGGCUUCGAAGUUUCCCUCAGACUGCGCGAGUCAGGACGCUCGGAUGCAGGGCGAGAAGCCGGGACACGCCGGGGUUGAAAACGAGCAUCCCUCCGCCGAGGUCGCUGGGGGACUUGAUCUAGUUUCUCUUUCCGACAUUAAACAUGAAAGUUGUGGCACGAGUGUCAAAGGUCACGUGAAUUGCGCCGUCUACUGCAUCGCCAACGAGCGCCACCGCGAUACUGUUGGAGCCGAGCUUCGGGACAAUGACCCGACUUCCGGUUCGGGCGAGGGGCUCGUUUUGCACACCGUCGACGAGCUAGUGGACCCGCUGCGCGAGGCAUCCCUCAUCCGGCGCUCGUCGCGGCAGGCGGCUGCGGACGUCGACGCGCAACCCUGCCGGGUGUGCCUGGAGGACAAAACCAUCGCACCUUUGCCGUGCUGCCGGAAGCUGGUGUGCGACGAAUGUUUGACACUUUACGUCAGCUCCCAGGUCCAAGCGGCCAAGGCGCACAUCCGCUGUCCCAUCUCGGAGUGCGGCGGCAUGCUGGAGAGCGCCGCGGUGGUCUCGCGCCUGGCCGGCGAGGACGCGCUCCGGUACCGCUACUUCCUGGAGCUGAGUCAGCUGGACGCCAGCACCAAGCCCUGCCCCCGAUGCCGACACUUUACCUCCGUCGGCCGCUCCAGCCCCGGCCGCUCGGAGCACAAGUACAAGAUCCAGUGCGGUAGCUGCCAGUUUGUGUGGUGCUUCAAGUGCCACACGCCCUGGCACCAGGGCAUCAAGUGCCGCGACUACCGCAAGGGCGACAAGCAGCUGAGGAGCUGGGCCUGCGUCAUCGAGCGCGGGCAACGCAACGCGCAGAAGUGCCCAAAGUGCAAGAUCCACAUUCAGCGCACAGAGGGAUGCGAUCACAUGGUGUGCACGCAGUGUAACACCAACUUCUGUUACCGCUGUGGCCAGCGAUACCGUCAACUCAGGUAUUUCGGGGAUCACACGUCCAACCUCAGCGUGUUUGGCUGCAAAUAUCGAUAUCUGCCAGAUAAGCCGCAUCUGCGACGCUUUAUCAGAGGUUCCAUCUGCGGUUUGAAGGUGCUGUUGGCGCCGGUGGUCGUGUUGCUGGUGCUGGUCUUCGGCGCCGUGGCGCUGGUCAUAGGUUUGAUCGGUUUUCCCUUUUACCACGUGUGCAAAAAGAGGAAGAAGCAGCGCUCUCUGCGCUUUUGACGCCUGCGCAGGAACAGGAAGUGAAACCUCCUCAGGGAGCACGUAAGACGCGGACCGUCGCCGUCCUCACCCUCGUCCGGUCUCGUCCUUUUUGCAGACAGUUUUUGCACUUUUACCUGCCGCCCCGCACGCACGGCCUCGGCGCUCCCGCGUGGGAUUCGCCUUCCAAACGCACGCGUGAGCGAGGGGGCGGAGCACGCGUCGUUUACGCCCGCCCGCACGCGCGACGGUCGAUCGGCCGCCGUCGGGAGCAGGUCGGCGGUAAGCGGGUCGAACGCGGGACAUCGCAGAAAAGCGGGGACUGUGUCGCAUUUAUGGCACACAAAAAAAGCUGGGAAUUUGGAAACAUGUUGUCCCUGCAGCUGCUACUGGAAAUAAGAAUUGUCCCGGCCAAGUUAUUAAUACAGCAAAUCAUUGCUGUGUCGCCGUUGUUUUCAGGCCUGUGCGUCGCGUGAAUUCUUUUCCUUUCCACAAACCGAAUCGUCUUUUUGGAUUUUGCCAAGGGUGUAAUUGCGUAUAUUUCGGUAAAAAUGUGUCUCCAGUGCUGCCUUGGGUUUUUCGAGAUGCGAGCUGUCGUUGGGCAAAUGGUGAACAAUUCUUCAAAAAGGAGGCUUGAAGCUGAAGGUUGCUGUCAAACUAAACACCAAACAAAGAGAAUUGUACACAACCAAACGACUUCUGCUAACCAGUCGGUUUAGCUUCAUGCUAACCGACAAUGAGAAAUGCCAAAGGCGGGCUGACGAGUGGCGCCAGUGUCGCGUGUUACAACCCUUUAAGCAAACACGAACGCUGGACCAACACAUGUAGACAAAUCGUUCUGUAUAACAAUACAGUUGAUUAUGUUCUCUAAAAACGACUACGAUAGCAGCUACAUGUGUCGUCGUAUGUCUGUAUUAUACUGCCCCCAGGUGGCUGGGGGGCGCACGCCAGAAGGAGCAGCACAAUGUGCAUUGAAUUGAAGCAAAGAAUGUGGCAAAACGGUUUUAUUCUUUACAUGAUAGGUAAUUAUGUCAUCACUGUAUGGUUCUAUAAUGUAAAAUACGAGAGAGGAACGGAAUGAGUUCAACUCUGAGCUCAAGGCACCGCUGUAUUUUAGGGCUCCAGAACGCAAAAGCGCAAAAAACGCACUCAGUGGCGUCCCUGGAAACUUCAAAAAAACCAAAACAAUAAUAAAUCGGUUCCCAGCACUAGCUUCAUUGAUCAACACAAAAUUGGGCGGACAUGUCGAGCAGAGCAAAACACACCAAAACCUUUCAGUCGGCCAUUUUGUUUUGACGCAACCGUUUAGGGCAAAUUCCAGGCGGACUUCAACUCGGAGGUCAGCUGGCCUCCCUCCUUGCCGCGUUGUCGGCUGCUCGGAUUGUGCCAAAACGAAAUUAGCGGCAGGAUCGAGACCGUCGGCCGCAGUUUUGUUCGGCGAAUUCCGAAGAUUCCCGAUUGUCCCUCGUGACCUUGUGCCGCAUUUCUCACCCUUCUGCCAAAACAUUGUGCCGCCGGCGGUGCCGCGUUGAUCCUCGCCCGGGCGCAUUGCCGCCAAAACACCGCUCGCGUGUCCGCUGCCAACCGACCAAGUUAUAUUUAGAAAUACGGGAGCGCUCGGUGAGAAGUUACGUCGUCAGGAACGACGCGCACAAAACGCACCUCGUCGUCUGCUUUGCCCUCGGUGCAAGUGAAGGAAUAAUAAAGAUCGAGAAAACUAAAUUGGCCUUCAAACUUUACACGAAACAAGUUGGAAUGUUACGAGAAAAGACAUUGUGUUAUGAAAAAAAAAAAAUGGUGAUGUUCUGAGAAAAAGUUGCGAUGCCAGAGAGAAAAUAUGGCAUAAUCUUACUUGAAAAGCAUCGUAAUAUUGUCAGAAAAAAAGAAAAGGUCACAAGAAAAGAAAUUCCAAUGCGAUACAAGAACUAAUAUUACAAGAAAAUUUGGAGUGGGGAAAAAAAUGACAAAAUGUCAGAAUGGUACCAGAAAAAAAAUAUCGUAAGACAAAAAGAAAAAAAACAGUGUUGGGGGGGGGGUUUGAUGCGAUGACAAAUAAGUUGUAAUGUUGCGAGAAAAAGGUCUUAAUAUUAUAAGACAAAAAGAAAAGGUUGCAAGAAAAAACAUUUUCGUGUUACCAGGAAAAGAUCAAAAUGUUGCAAGAAAGGUCGUAAUGUUACAGGGAAAAAAAAGUUGUGCAAUAUUCUCAGAAAAGAAAAGUGCACAUCAGAUUGGAAAGUUACACGAGGAGAAAGUCUAUUGACAAUGAAAUGUUUUCGUUUUAUUGCAAAAAGUCUCAAUGUUACAAGAAGUCAUGUCGUUUUGAAUUUUAGUGGGUUUAUUUCUUUCUUUCCAUUUAUACUCAUAACAUUCCAACUUUAUUCUCGUAAAAAAAAAAAAAAAAAGAAAUACAAAAAAAAACGUGUACUUUGACCGUACAUCAGGUUCGACUGCUUGUAAUUCCAAUUUUGUCGUCAUGGUAUUCAAAUGUUGUCUCCUAUGAACAAGGCCAAAUGUCAUGUGAGUGUUUCUGGCCAAUCACGUUUGACUUGCCGGGGACGUUCGCUUCCCACUGGCCAUGUUUGUUUUUGGUUCUUUCUUUGUUGUCGUCGUCGUCUUUCAAAUGUGUCUCGUAUCCACCGAUGCAAAGUAUCAUCCAAAGAAGCCGCCGUGGCGUCGGCGCUAUUAUAUUAUUCAUGUUGUACUCCGACAAAUCUCUUCGACUCCAUAUUUGCUUCAUAAUUGUGGCUUUUGUUGGAAAUGCGGAUGACGACGAAGAAUAAAGUCACCCCGGUGGUCACAGGGUUCCUGCGCAAGUGUGCAAAGUAUGGAAUUUCAUUUCAUACAUUUCAAAAGUAGUGUUUCACAUUAGGGUUAGGGUUUCACAGUAGGGUUUUAAAACAUGGUUAGGGUGUCAAAGUAGGAUUUCGAAAUGGGGCGAGGGUUUCAAAACGGGGUUACCGUUUCAAAGGAGGGUUUUAAAAACGCGGUUAGGGUUUCAAAGUAGGCUUUCAAAACGGAUUAGAGUUUCAAAGUACGGUUUUAAAAUGGGAUUAGGGUUUCAAAGUAGGGUUUCAAAACAGGGUUAAAGUUUCAAAGGAGUGUUUCAAACCUCAGUCAGGGUUUCAAAAUGGGGUUAGGGUUUCAAAGUAGGGUUUUAAAACAUGGUUAGGUUGUCAAAGUAGGAUUUCAAAAUGGGGUUUCAAAACGGGGUUACAGUUUCAAAGUAGGGUUUUAAAACGGGGUUCAAGUUUCAAAGAAGUGUUUCGAAAUGGGGUUAGGGUUUCAAAAUGGGGUUAGGGUUUCAAAUUGUAAUAAUCCAAAUGUAUUUUAUGCUCAUACUUCUGGUUGUAAUUGUUUUUUGGGGUUUUUUUUUUUCUUGUAUUUGAGCGACAUUAGCGAGCUCGAAUCGUCCGCAAAUGCUUUUGCGCCGUCUGGAAACAGCAAGAAGCAGAAUGAUGCUCUUGUAUUUACUCAAAUGUCACAAAUGUUUGGACUUGUUUAGCCGGAAGUCGGGUCGAGGUCUGUCAUUUCGAAAUGUGAAUCCUGCACGCGAGCGGAAAUCGUGCCGGCGCGGCAUCCCAAAUUGGUUUUCCCGGCUUGCGCUUUUGCACCCUCGACACGAGCUGCACGCCGGCUUCCUUUCGACUCGACGGAUGAUUCUAUUCGUGUCGCACGACAACAAAGGUCUUCCAAUCCCUAUUUGCUUCAUAUUUAUGGGUUUUGUUCAAAAUGUGGCUGAAGAAGAAGAAGAAGAGUCCCCGCGGUGGUGCACGUGCUUCACAGCUUUUCCACUUUUGGCUCCAGCGGUGCACGGAAGUGGCCCAUAAACGUUACAUUGGUCUGCGGGACUCCGACAAGAACCGACUUGAGUGUAAAACAUUCAUUCAAAACAAUCCUUCAUGUAUUCAUUGUGUGACAAUAAAAAUUCAGUCACCCUCAAUGUAAAUCCCCCUUCGUGAUGUUGGCCGUCAUAUUUAUGUGAUAAGUCUCCAAAUAUUAACAGCCACGCAAGGCAAAACUCAAUACAGUUGAUGUUAAAUGUGAAUAAUCGUCUCUCGGGUCGAUUCCCGUGCUUUGGUCCAAACGUUUUACACGUCCGCAAUGGAAAGCACGACAUGGUCUAAAUACAGCGGCGCCCCAAACUGGAUUUGACAAAUCGCAGUCAAGACGCCACACUGCUGCCUCGACUUACACGUUGAAUUGGUUCCGUCGCCACAUCCUCAAAUCGUCUUCAACCGUCGAAAUGAAGGGAAAUGCCAUUAAUCUGUUACACCCGAAAUGUUUUUAAUAAGGAAAAUAGCACUCGCUCGUAUUGUACUUUAUGAAAGCCUACAGUCAUGACAUAAUGAAAUAGAACGUAGAGAAAUUCAACAGUUUUUGCUUCAAUUCAAUGGACAUUGUGCCGCUCCUUCUGCUGUCUUUGUUUGAACUCGGUAUGACCUGACAGUAAUAAGAAAAAAUAAAAAGGAAUUGGAGAAAUCCUGAGAAAAAAAAACAAGAGUGAACAUAGAAGCUGCCUUUCAGAGGUGGAGGGGUCAUAGGCUGCUGCUCUCUAUGAAUUCUUCAUAUUUGUAUUAAUUUCCUACAAAAUGAGGAUGGAUGUCACAAACGGUGAAAAUCUGCUGGUAAGUGCUUGCAAUUGCCUAUAACAGCCACAGGGCGGUGGCAAAGUACUACUUUUCUAUCGGACAGGGCUUUGGCUCACGUGACAGAAACUUCCAUCUCGGCGGCACCGAAGCACUCCUUUUAAAUUAGGACGGGCUUCGGCCCGAGCGCAAAAUCUGCAAAUUUGUUCCGAAAUGAUCCACGUCAACGUGGAUUUGCGCGCAUAUGUGAGGAACAUCGUAUGUACGAUGAAGUUACACUUGUGCUUAUUGUUGCUUUUGAUCUGUAUUUAUGGGUUUUCUUUUGGAUUGCUGUUGGUUUCUUGCAGCUGCGACCGUCAGCCCCUAACAAUAAAGCAGUAAACACACACUUGGUUCAA